GUGUUGCUGUGGAGUAGGUCGUUAAUUAUCAGCCAGGGGUGAGCUGGAUUGCAUUGUGCAGAUACGCGUGCUUAAGGUUUUAGUGGUGUAUUUUGGUGAUCGAAAAGUAGUUUUUUCCCCCACCGUUUUGCAGCGACAAAAUAACUGGCGUCGCUGUAAUAAAUGUAAUAGUGAGCUGCUGAGAGUACGUGCCCACGUUAAACGCCCCCUUAUGCAAUGGCGUUUGCCGUUUAUCUUCCUUUCUUUUAUAAAGACGCCGUUUUGUAAAGUUGCAAUAAAGAUCCAUAACGUGACACUUUAAGUACUGACGUUUCAACGACCGGCUCAUUUGUAUGCCACUGGCAUGCGCCGUUUUACUCUGAUACCUGCUUUAUUUCAGUCUGUAAGUGAAUUUAGCCCAUAGAGAGAAUGUAAUAUUGUAUUGGGGGAUGAGAGUAAUUAAGUGUGCGUCUACUCCAGUUGACGGCUGUGAUGCGGAUAACCUCGGAUGUGCCGGUCCCAUUAUCGCUGACACAUGUUUAGUGCGAUGCUCGCUUGCGAACGCCUAGGACGCUCUAGGAAUAAACACGCUCCGACUUGCUUACAGGUGGAACUGUGCGUACUAAUCGCUGAUAUGCCUUUGGUUACAUUUUUUUUUUGUAUAAUAAACGCUAUUAUUAGAUGGCUACUUGUAAGCGUAUUGAUAUUUUUCUGAAAAUGAAUGCACUUCUCCCACCCACCCGAAGCAUAUGUCAGCUGUGUUAACUUAAGUGACGCGGUAAGGUAGUUAACGCGAAAGUAGUUAGUGCACCACCGGAAGUUCAGUUUACUGCCCCCGGGUCAUGUGUUUUAAGCUCUUGCUUAAAUACCAGUAAGACUCCUGGUCAGGUGUUUUAAGCGCUCUUAUUGGCAAGGCACUGUAAAAGCCAGGAUGGCGGUGCUUUUCUUGAACGCCUCCCCCCUCCAAUGCCUUAAAUUAAGUCUCUCAAAAAAGGCCUGGACUCGGUCCACGCAGUGGUCCUGUGGAGAUUUACUAGUGCUGCGGCCCUUGGUGAUGUCCAGAGGAUGGUGCUCGAAUCAGUAGCUGAAGCGUAUCCACAGAACAUUGAUGUGCUUUGAGAGGUUCCAUAAAGAUCUGUCUGAUUAUUCACUCUUCUAUGGGAUAGACUGCCCAGACAAGAUGACUGACAGGAAGGCGGUGAUCAAGAAUGCUGACAUGUCUGAGGACAUGCAGCAAGAUGCUGUGGACUGUGCCACCCAGGCCAUGGAGAAGUACAACAUCGAGAAGGACAUCGCUGCUUACAUCAAGAAGGAGUUCGACAAGAAGUACAACCCCACGUGGCACUGCAUUGUGGGUCGGAACUUCGGAAGCUACGUUACCCACGAGACCAAGCACUUCAUCUACUUUUACCUGGGGCAGGUGGCCAUCCUGCUCUUCAAGUCUGGCUGAGUGCCCCCACCCCCCCGGCAGCUGCUGGACUGUAACGCGCUGAUGGCUCACCAAUGCCCCCCCCCCCGCACAAAAGAAAAGACUAACUGUGGGCAGUUGCAUGGACUGUAUAUAAAACUAAAUGUGAAUGUUGAAGUAAACAUCCUAUAGUUGGCUGGGAAAAAUACACUUUUGUUCAUGCUGUAGUAUUAACUAUAUUGCACUCUUGCUUUCAGGUGGCCUUUUUGAGUAAUAAAGAGUCAUUCUGUGGUAACUAUGGCGGGAUUGUGGUACUGUGUCCACUUGCAGUUCAGGGUGGACCGCUGGACCUUUUUAUAGGGUCACUUGUUAAAAUGCUCACAUGCAUUCAAAAUGGCUUCCUGUGUGUCCUGUAAUCUCAUACCCAGAAUUCUAUCAUGAUGCUGCAUAAACGUCUGAGAUGGGAGAUCGCCCUGCGGUGCUGGGUCUUUUAUUUAAAUUCCCAAUUAUUAACCCCUAGGCUAAUUUUUAGGUACGGGGUGUUUGUACAGUAGCGUACCAGUCACACACAGUCGAGUAUUUAUUAUGGGAUAAGCUAUUAAAAUAGAUAUUAAUGGUCGAGAAGUAGUUGACAGGUUCCAGUGCUAUGCCAUGCUUUUACAAUUUUGCACAUUGAUGAGGGACUGGCGCCUAUUUAAUGUCUGCCUGUUGGGGAAUCUAGUUUUUGAGAAAUAUUAAGGGUAGAAUACAUGCGUUUUAAUGUAACGGGUGCUAAACUUGAAGACACGUAGAUUGCUGUUGCGGUCGCCUCCGCAAAUUCUUUUCUGUCCCCAUUUGUGCACAUUUCUGGGUCCAGCUGAUGGUCUUUGUAUCCCACUAGGGUUGUUAAUGUUUGUCUGUACACUUUGUAUGUGCCUCACAUUUCUGUUCCAGGAUUUGUUGCAUUUCACUUUUUAAAAAAUUUUUUUUUUUUUUUUUGGUGUGACGGGGAAGCGUGUAAGAACGUGUCAUGAGUCUCGUUCAUUAAAGAUGUCUGGUCACGGUGAAAGCUAUUGGGUGUUUUUUGGGUAAGACGCCCGCACGGUAAACCUCGAUAACCUUAUAUCAAACAGAUUAGCGCCAGUAUACCUGCACAGCGAUCGAAGGUGGGUUAAACUGCCAUUCCCCACCACACUCGGCGUUUCUGCAGCCUCUUUGAAUAUUUCAGGAACGAUUGCCCGAUGUUACUCAGCGACACCGGAUCGUCCGCUCACGGAGCAUUUGACAUCCGGUAUCAGGUGCGUUAAGUGUCUAAUCUGGUCCUGGUAAUAAACCACCAUGGCAUUGAAAGCAAGCCAAAAGCUAGUAUGUCCUGCAAGUAUGGUCCUGACGACAGCUGGGUAAAACGAGAAUAAAUGUUGGGCAGACUUGGGGGUUUGGAGACAGCCGGUGCGGGAUGUUCCGUGGAGAUUCAUUGUUUUAUGGUAUAGAAAGACUCGCUACUGUGGAUAAACCGCUACCAGGAUGCCAUCAUGGGGCAAACGUGGAUUUAUUAGGCGGGCACCAGUUCCAAUUGGGGACUGUGGCGAAACAAUCAUAUUUUUUGGGGAAUCCCUUAACACUUAUGAAGGUGGUCCUAGGACGAUUAUAUCAAAUCAUUAAUGACUGGUUGCAUUUGGUCUGUCUGUUACUGGGGCAGACGAUCCGUUUGAUGGGCACUGUCCACGGGUUGCUCCGCCGCCGUAGUACUAUAAUGUGCGUAAGUUUCUGAUAAGCGCACAGAAAUCAUACUUUGUUUUGCCAAACUGAAGUGUGUUUUCUGUCAUGGAAAUAUUCCACAAAAGUAGGCAACUGCCGAUAGGGCUUUAUGUGAGCAGCUGUGUUGAAUCCUGAAUGAACUAUUUGCACAAUUACAGAAGGUUAGAUCACUCAGGUGAGUCUCGCACUAUAGCUGAUUUUGGAAGGCUAGGUGUUUCUUUGUAGUGACAAUCAACCAUAAUGCCCAUCAUUUAAAUGAAAAUUAACAUUAAUACGCUCUCUAAUUGGCGUCUCUGAAGAUGACGGACGCGUACAUGCUAUCUAUUAAUUUCGUGCUCCACAUUUUUUGACCUUUAUGCAUCCAUGCCGCUUGUGGGUGUUCCGCGGUGGACUGAGCGCCGAAGGCCCCUGGUCGUAGAUGUAGUUGCGUGCCCACUGCGACACCUGGUGGCCAUGGAUAGCACAUUAUCCGUCGCCCCUCCGUGGCUUUAGUUAGUAUUAAAAUAUGGCCACAAGAUGCCGCUAUAGUAAUUUCUAAACAUAUUUCUUUUUUUCUGCAGCGAACAAAUUUGUGAAUUGGUGAAUCGGGGGGAAAUCUAGCUUCAUUGAUUUUGAAUUCAAUACAUUUAAAUUGUAUAAAUACUAAUAAAUAUUUGUAAACCACUGACUCUUGUGUUAAAAUGAUAUAACUCCAAUUGCAUGCAAGACCACCCGCAACAAUAAUUGUAGUAUAUUUUGUGUAUGCAGUAAGUGUUAACGUUCCGUUUUGGAGUUACGGCAAGGUGUCCUUAUCUUUCUGUUCGCCGCACCAGGUAGAAUUUCCCAUACAUGUGAUCACAUUUACGACGUGAUUUCUUUCUAAAGUUUGAAGUCUUUAAACUGCUUAUUGUCCCUAACGCCAUUUCAUUCUGAAAAUCCUUGUCAAAGCUGCACUUAUCUCUGCAUUUUCAAAGUGGAAUUAAUAAAAUAUAUGUGCUGACA